GUGCAGUGGUGAAAGAUUGACUAUUAAUGAGCCCAUUACCUUUUAGCUCCAAUGGCGAUUCCUCCAUCAUAUGUAGACCUCGGCAAAUCUGCCAGAGAUAUCUUCAAUAAAGGAUAUGGUUUUGGUUUGGUGAAGCUGGAUGUGAAAACAAAGUCUGCAAGUGGAGUGGAAUUCACAACAUCUGGUUCAUCGAACACAGACACUGGAAAAGUGAAUGGUAGCUUGGAGACCAAAUAUAAGUGGGCUGAGUAUGGGCUGACUUUCACAGAAAAAUGGAACACAGAUAACACUCUAGGAACAGAAAUUGCAAUUGAAGAUCAGAUUGCCAAAGGCUUGAAGUUGACAUUUGAUACAACUUUCUCACCAAAUACAGGAAAGAAAAGUGGCAAAAUUAAGUCGGCUUAUAAACGUGAAUGCCUAAACCUAGGUUGUGAUGUUGACUUUGAUUUUGCUGGACCUGCAAUCCAUGGUUCAGCUGUCUUUGGUUAUGAAGGAUGGCUUGCUGGUUACCAGAUGACUUUUGAUAGUGCCAAAUCAAAAUUGACAAGAAAUAACUUCUCUGUGGGUUACAAGACUGGAGACUUCCAACUCCACACAAACGUCAAUGACGGUUCAGAAUUUGGUGGGUCAAUUUACCAAAAAGUGAGUGACAGUCUGGAAACUGCUGUCAACCUGGCUUGGACAGCAGGUAGCAACAGCACUCGCUUUGGCAUUGCGGCUAAAUACAAGUUGGAUUCCACUGCUUCUAUCUCUGCAAAAGUGAACAAUUCUAGUCUAGUUGGAGUGGGUUACACCCAGACCCUGAGGCCAGGUGUGAAGCUUACACUGUCUGCCCUGAUAGAUGGAAAGAGCAUCAAUGCUGGUGGCCAUAAACUUGGUCUUGGUCUGGAAUUGGAGGCUUAAAAAAAGUGAAGAAACUGCUGCAGAGAAGGGAUAUCAGAAGAAUUUGGCCUUAAAAUGUAUUUCCAAUGUGACCAGCAGGUUUUUUUCCAAGAAGGAUGACCUAGAACAAGAGCUGUAUCUGAAGUAUUUAGACAGUUACAUGUUAGCUGGUUUCUAGUUAAAUUGGUUACCCAUCUAGUUAAAAUUCUGCAUUAGUGCAGUCACGGAAACAUAUUUAAAUGUAUUUAACUGUUUAAUGCGCUACCCACAAAUAAUGAAAUAGACAUUUAUGAAAACUGUACAAUUGUGUGCAUGUUUGUUUUUAUGUUCCUUUUAACAUUCAAUGUUGCCAUUGGAUGAAAGAUGGAUCGGUGGAUGUUCUGAAAUGCAGUCAAUGGUUUUGUUAAAUCACCUGAAGUAGAAACACAUUUGGUAUCCCAAGACAAAUGAUGAAUAAAACAAGUACACACACUUA